AUGGUUACCAACCACGAGGAGUCCUGUGUUUGGGUGAGUGCCAGCGGGCACAGCUCAAGCAACUGUGGCCAUUCCAAAGCCAAUGACCACGGGGCAGCUAGCUACGUGCCUGGGAGGCUGGCACAGGCUGGAAGCCCUCCCAGCACCACACACGGCUCAUGCAGAGCAUUCUGCGGGGAGGCUUUCUGCAAGGCUCCAUUCGCCAUUUAUUUUUCAAAAUUAGCCGUGAGGCACAGAGCUACAGCCAAACCCCCGUGGGGAAGAAGAACCAAGCACGCCGAGAACCAAGUUCUCCAAAGAACACAUAGUUCGGGAACGCUCCACAACUCUUCUCCAAGCCGGGACAGUCCAGCGAAGGGGUUACAGGUAACCACCUCUCAGCAUGCGCUCUGCAGCGCACGAACUCAUCGGUGUCACUUCACAUAUUCACGGACAAACACAGAGCCAAAACGACUUGCUCGCAACCCUGCUGAUCCUCCACGCCAGGAACGGGGGUGUUUUCCACGGCGGCCACCCGACGCAGCGAAUAGCUUUGCCCUCCGUUGGGCGCGCUCAGCUCUGCUCCGCGAGCCGGCAGUGCCAGGGCGCGGGGAAGAAUCUCCGCUCAGCUCCCGUGCUCCGAGCAGACGAUCCCCAGCCGCGAGCUGCGGCUGGAAGCCGAGGACCAAAAAUCACCGCUCGCUUGUUCGCCACGAGCGCAGGCACCGAGCCGGCCCCUCACCGGGCAGCGCGGCCGUGCCGCUCCCGUGCCCCCGCCGGCGGCUCUUCCCGCGGCAGCCGGGGCCGCCCGGCAGAGCCCGUGCUCUCACCCCCCGGGCCUCCCCGCCGGGCUCGCAGCCGCCCGCCCCGCCGCCCAGCCCCGGAGACGCGGACGGCCGCCGGGAGCCUCUCCCGCCCCGGCGGCGGAGUCUCAGCGGCAGGAGGGCGCGGGCCCCACGCGAACACGCAGACACGCGGAGCCACCGACCUGCCUCCCGCCGCCGCCCCAUGCCGCUCGGCCGGCACCGACCUGCCGCCGUGCCCCGCCGCCUUCCCCCGGCGGCGGCCGUAGUCGCCGCCGCUUUCCGCUUCCUGUGCCCGGCACCGCCCCAUCCCUCCCCCGGCUCCAGCCGCGCGGCCCGGCCCUGCCGGCGGGGAGCGCCCGGUCACGGGUGUACGGCUCUGGGAGAGGCCGCCCCGCCGCGAACCACGCUCCCCGCCGGGGCCCGGCGUGGGCACCCCCUGCCCCCACCCUCACCUCCUCUGUGGCUACGUGUUGCUCCUUUCUCUAGGACAACACCUUUAAAAAUGGGUCUGUGGCCAUACAAUGAACUCACAGAAUACCUGAUCGAGCUGUAG